AUGAGCGGGGCGGGCAAAGUGACGAAAACGAUAAUAUCUUCGGCGCAGGUGUACGCUCCCGUGGGCCCUUACAGCCAGGCGGUGCUGGCGAACGGCACGCUCUACGUGUCUGGAGUUCUCGGGGCGACGCCGGAGCCCAAGCUGGUGGCGGGAGGAGCGGCCGCGCAAGCUAAGCGAGCUUUAGAGAAUCUCAAGCUGAUCGUGGAAGCCGGAGGCUCGUCGCUCGCAGGCGUCGUGAAGACCACAAUACUGCUGGCGAAUUUCGACGAUUUUCAAGCGGUGAACGCUGUGUACGCAGAGUUUUUCCCUAGAAAUGCCCCCGCGCGAGCGACGUAUCAGGUGAGCAAAUUGCCCAUGGGCGCUGCAGUGGAGAUCGAGGCGGUCGCUUUGAGUGGACAGUUGGAGAUUAAGGAAGGGCUGUGA